CCCUACAAUGGUGUGCUUACUAAACCAAGUGGCUUUGAAUUUGCAGUGAUGUCGCUGUUCCCAGACCUCCCUCCCUCACUCUGGUGGAUCCAUUCUGUGAGGCAGUGCAGCACUCAGACAGCUCUGAUGGCAGAGUGGGGCAGGUGGACUGUACACGCUGAGAAACCAGCAGCAUCUGAUAGUGAAAUUUAGAACAAGAGAGGAUAAAAAAAGACGAAGGAGCAGAGUCUUUGGAGAGCUGAGGUCUCGGUCUGUCUACCCACCCCCUUACUCUCUCUCAUAUGCACACACCCCACACACAGACACACUCUCUCCCCUCUUCCCUCCCCAUUCGUUUGCUCCACUCUCCGAUGCUGGUGUGGUGAACAACAGGACACUCUUGGCUGGGCUGCAUGGAGGCACAGGGAGGGGCAGGGAGCCCAGAGCCCAAUAAAGACAUUCAGAAACUGCUGAAGCCCUCCAGCUCAGGCGACCUAUCUAGGGAUUUGUUCCAGCAUCCAGCAGGGGAGGAGGAGGGCGGUUUGUCAGGGCACACAGCUAGCCUUCUACACAUCACUGAGAAGAGACGUGAGUACCGUGAACCUCUGAGUAGUGUAUCUUCUUUGGAGGUGCACUUUGACCUCUUGGAUCUGACUGAGCUGACAGACAUGUCUGACCAGGAACUGGCUGAAGUUUUUGCUGAUUCUGAUGAGGAGAACCACAACGAGUCCCCAGCAGAUCUUCCCUUCCAGCACCCCACCAAGUUCCCACAGUUCCCACUGCCUCUGUUAAGUUCCCAUCAGUCUGUGCUGCCUAAAGGGGGGUACAUGCGCUCCCCCUCGUGGACUCGCUGCAGCAAAGUCGAGCCACCACGAGAGAGAAAGCACCACAGCGACUCAGACACCGUAGAGCCCUUAAUGAAGCUGGAAAGGUCAAAGCAGCUGUGAUGUCCAGGGUGAAACAACGCAGAGGACCACAGAAAGAGGAAACCCAGAGCAGACAAACACAGCUAGAGUGGAAACACUAAGUGGACCAAGAGGCCCCCAUUUCGCCACCGUGCACUCACAUAAUGUUUCAUGGUGCUGAAUAGAUGAGUUCAGGUUGAACUCAGGACACUGUGCUCUGUAUUCGAACUAAAGAUGAGAUGUGCAAUACCUAAACUCUCCAUCCCUUUUCCCCUUUUUUCUUUGUCACAUACUCAAACACACACACACACAAACACACAGACAUAUAGCUAUAAUGUUUUUCAUGCAAAUAGUUCUUAAUGCACUCUUGGCUGCUGGAAGAUUUUAAGCUUUGUUUAUAGAAAACAGACAGGGUAUGAGGUCCGCAGAAAACCAGCGCCUCCAUCCUUACAGCCUCUCAGGGUGGGAUUAGCCUAGACAACGUGGGUGGCCCUUACAGUUCUGUCCACAGCACAUGGUCAGACUUUGUAAGUAAAGUUCAAGCAAUUUCCGCAUUGCAAAAACAGGAUAUGAGAUGAAAUGUAAAUCAACAGAGAUGGCCAAAAUUAAAUAUCACAAUGAGGUUUUUACUUAAUGUGACAAAGUAGCCUGCAAACUCAGACAGUGAAAGUGAGUUUGCGUAAGGCCACUCUGUCCAUCACAUCUUCUCCAUUUUAAUGUAGAACGUGUGGUGUUUAUUACAUUUACCUCCAUGAAAAUAUUGCACUUCUCUCACUGACUUUUAUUUACAGUGCCCUCCAGAAUUAUUGGCAUUUGGUGCAGACGACUCAAAAGAUAAACAGACCAAGUACCAAGCUAUAUCCAAAAUGCUUCAGAGCACUUUUUAGUUCGAUGGCUCUUAAUACAAAAUUUAUUUUCUCUUUUCUUUAUUAACAUCACGAUGGCUGCCACUGUUACUGCUAAGAUGACUGGAAGUUAGUGUUGGUGGUCACAUGCCAUUAUAUGAGAUGCAAAAUACUUGAAGCAGUCAGAAAAAAAGGUAGACUUGAACUACAGUCAGGGAGACUUGAUGAACUUUGCAAGAACGCCAAAAACUACAAUCAAGUGCCAACAAUUUUAUAAUCAUCUUCAUGAAAAUGAAUGACCUUGUAAUGCAAUAUUUCACAUUUUUCUACGCAAAAGUUAUAGCUGAUUACUUGAUUAAUUUAUCUGAUAUUUAGCUUGUCUAUACCAGGAGUGCCAAUAAUUCUGAAAGCCGAGACACGAUGGAUAAAAAGUUACACUGGAAUGGGUGAAGAAUAAUAAACAUCUUCAAGUUG